AUGAGCGACACAACAACACCCAAGGUCAAGAAGCAAAUCAUUUUGAAUGCAUUUGUGAUGAAUACCCCCGGCCACUUGGCCCCUGGGCUCUGGAAACACCCUAGAAACAAGACGGAUCAGUACAAAAAGCUCUCCUUCUGGACGGAUCUUGCCCAAUUGCUCGACCAAGCCGGGUUCCAUGCAAUGUUUAUCGCCGACACUCUGGGCGCCUACGAUGUAUACAAAGGACCAUCCAAUGUUGUGCCUACAUUGUCAUCAGGCGCACAGUUCCCUGUCAACGACCCACUCUACCUGGUCCCCGCUCUGUCGGCUGUCACGAAGAAUCUCAUCUUUGGAGUGACCGCCAGUCUGACUUAUGAGAAGCCUUACGCGCUCGCACGACGGCUAUCUACCGUGGAUCAUCUCAGUGAAGGGCGAGUGGCGUGGAACAUCGUCACGUCCUACCUAGACAGCGCGGCCAGAAACCACGGACUGAAUGAGCAGAUCGCGCAUGACGAGCGAUAUGCGAUCGCAGAUGAGUACCUAGAGGUGCUCUACAAGCUUUGGGAAGGUAGUUUCCGAGAUGACGCCGUGCUGGCUGAUCGGCAGCUUGGUACAUACUUAUCCAGCGAUGGUGUACGAGAAAUCAACCAUAAAGGAAAAUAUUUCGAGGUUCCGGGUCCUCAUUUCUGCGAGCCAUCGCCGCAACGCACACCAUUCCUCUUCCAGGCGGGUGUCUCCGAGGCCGGCAAUAAGUUUGGCGGGACCAAUGGAGAGGCAAUCUUCAUCGGUGGACAGACUCCUGAGGUUACCCGUACCACAGUCGACAAUAUUCGGGCUAUAGCCAAGGAGGCGGGUCGUGAUCCGAACCACAUCAAGGUGAUUGUGGGCAUCAACGUGAUUGUCGCGGCAACAGAUGAAGAGGCCCAAGCCAAACGAGACGAGUAUCUGCAAUACGCCGAUGACGAAGGUGCCCUCGCUCUCUUCGGGGGGUGGACUGGAAUCGAUCUUUCAACCUACUCAGAUGACGAAGACUUCCGCUUCAGCGACUCGCCUCGAGUGCAGUCUGUUGUGCGCAGAUUCUCCGCCACUGUUCCUGGUACAGAUAAUCUGCCAUGGACCAAGCGCAGAAUCGUGGAGUAUAUAAGUGUCGGCGGACUUCAAGCCAAAAUUGUCGGUAGUACUCAGACCGUGGCUGAUGAGUUGGAGAGAUGGGUGGAAGUCUCGGACGUGGAUGGAUUCAAUCUUGCUCACAUCGUGAACCCCGGGACAUUUGAGGACAUCAUCGAGUUUUUGCUGCCUGAGUUGCGGCGCAGGGGUCUGUUCCGGGAAACAAUUGAGAAGGAGGGUGCCACAGCCCGUGAGGUCUUCAUUGGCUCGAAGCGUCUACCUGAAGAUCAUCCCGGUAGCAAGUAUAAGUGGCGGGCAGGCGAAAGCGUCCCCAGUUACCAGGCUGUCUAG